CUUACGGCUGGCUUGUUGCAGUCAGGGAGAAAAAAGAAGCUGAAAGAGGAAACAAGGAUACAAGUCCUUGAAAAGAAGUUCCUGCAAUGGAAGAAGUGGAAAAGAAUAGCACAUUAGAUCCUGUCUGUUCUGCAGAUGAGCGCCCAUUCUCCAAAAUAAUAUUGGAAAGCCUCGGGUUGACAGGAAUAUUGCUGUUUGCCAUGCUGACUUUAAUGACACUGACUGCCAACCUAGUUUUUGUGGAGGAAGUUUUCUACAUCUACCACAAAAUUCCCCCCUCCAAAAGAUCAAUUUUUAUUUGGAUAAAUGCAGCUGCUCCAGUGAUAGCUACAACAUCAUGUAUUGGGAUGUGGAUUCCUCGCUCAACAAUGUUUACUGAUUUUACUGCAGCAGUGUUUUUUGCCAUAGUUAUCCACAAAUUUCUGCUUAUGAUGAUUAAAGAAUGUGGAGGUCAAAAACUCUUCCUCAGGCGCUUUGAGAAUGACCACUUCAAGAUAAGCACAGGUCCUUGUUGUUGCUGUUGCCUUUGCCUUCCAUAUAUACGCAUCACUGGGAGAACAUUAUUUUUACUGAAACUGGGGACCUUUCAAUUUGCUUUCCUCCGCCCUGUACUAAUGUUCCUAUCGAUAGUGCUUUGGACUAAUGGAAACUACAAUCUUUCUGAUCUUUCUCUCAGUGGAGGUGCCUUAUGGAUUAACUGCUUCAUCGGUGUCCUUACAAUCAUUGCCUUAUGGCCAAUUGGAAUUAUGUUUCAACAAGUACGAGUUCUCCUUAACUGCAAGAAGAUUAUUCCUAAAUUUGCACUUUAUCAGUUUGUCCUUAUUUUGAGUCAGCUUCAAGCAACCAUCAUCAACAUACUGGCUAUGGAGGGAGUAAUUGCUUGUGUACCUCCACUUUCAUCUUCAGCAAGAGGAGCGUAUAUAAACCAGCAACUGCUCAUUGUGGAAAUGUUUCUAAUAACUUUGAUCUCAAGAGUUGUCUACAGGAAAAGAUAUGAUGACCUGGACUUACCACCUGGUCCAGACCAGGAAACUAAGACUGAGAAACAGAAAAGCAAGAUUGAUGUUGGCGGCAACAUUUUUGAAAACGAUGUAUCAGACAUUUAAGUGUUGAUUACGCAUUAUCUGGCAUGCUGCCUCUCUCUGUUAGGAUUCUGAUCAAUGAACUGCUGUACUUGCAAAGGCACUCCUAUCAAACUGUGGAAAUGAAAAUGGUAUUAUUAAAACAAAUGGAAUAAAUUCACAUGAACAAUCUAUGGAUUGGUAAAUUUAGUUGGUGGUUGGCAAAGACAUUCUCAUGGUGAAUAAAAACAAACACUUUGAAGUUGGACUACAGGAUGACAUAUCUUCCAACAUCAUGACAGAGUUGCCAUAAUUUGUCAUGAAAUUAUAUAUGAAAUUAUAGAUCUUCACCCAAAUUUCAAAUAGUUAUAUUAGACCAAAGGAAAGGCAAAAAUGCAUUUUAUAUUUUCUUUAUGAUAGCUAAAUCACAAUUCAUAUUAUCUCAGCUGUAACGUAAGCUGUUUAAAAACUGAUCCUAAACACGUGAAUAGUUUUACUGGCAUUUGAUGCAUGCUGGGUACAGAAGUUGACUAAGAUGUGCCAAUUGUGGGCAGGCAAAAAGAAGUAGCAAUAAACAUUUAUUUUCCUAGGUGCUAUUGUUUCUGUGAGGCAGAAUAGGAGAGCAAACCAAAGAACUGAAUACGUACAUGUAUCCCUUCCCACUUGGGACAAUUAUUGACUUUAUUGAACUGCAUGCUGUCUUGUUCUUAGUCUCUAUCCUAAUAAAAGAUUACAA